AUGGCUGCGAAAACCCCCGCCGGGCGACCGGGAACCCUUACACCCGACGAAGAAAGGAAGCUGCGCGAGCUAUGGGGGAUUGUUAUGAGGGUCUUCGGUGUGGAUGCGGCAAACGGCGUGGAGGAGGUCACGUCACCCACGGUCGCUGAGCCAGCGUCAGAUGGUAAAAAGGACAAGAAGAAGAGUCGUUUGAACGUCUUCAAGAGGAACAAGGGCGACAAGAGCGCAGAUGACAAGGCAUCUACUGCCUCGGACUCAUCUACACCCUCGGAUAUUGGCAAGCUAUCGAUAUCUGCAGAUGACGACAAAUUUGGUCAGACCGCAGAAGUUCAAAGGCGGCCCAUUGCGAACCAUUCCCGCGGACAGAGCUACGCAAGACCUUCUGGAGCAUGGUCAUACAUGAUCAUCCCCGAUGCGCUUCUGUUUCGGUUUCUUGCGCGCAAGAAAUGGAGACUGAACGAGAUGCACGUCGACGACGACAUCAUGAAGAUCGGUGAGCUGGGGGCUUCACAAAACACGAGCACUGAAGCCAAGGAGAAGAAGAACGCAGAGGAUUUCUUGGUUCAGCUGCGGAUGGGUAAGAGUUAUCUGCAUGGAGUGGACCUUGAGGGCAGGCCGUUGUGCUUCGUCCGCGCCAGGUUACACAAGGCUGGCGAGCAGACGGAGGAGAGUCUGGAAAGAUUUACCGUCUACCUCAUCGAGACGGCGCGCAUGCUGCUGAGGCCGCCGAUUGACACUGCCACUAUCGUCUUUGACAUGACCGACUUCUCCAUGGCAAACAUGGACUACACACCGGUGAAAUUCAUGAUCAAAUGCUUCGAAGCAAACUACCCCGAAUCCCUCGGCACAGUGCUCGUCUACCGCGCCCCCUGGGUUUUCAACGCUGUCUGGAGCAUUGUCAAAGGCUGGCUCGACCCCGUCGUUGCCGGCAAAGUCCACUUUGCAAAGACAGUGGACGAACUCAGCAACUACAUACCCCGAUCGCAGAUCCCCACCGAACAGGGCGGUGACGAAAAGUGGGAGUACAAGUACCCGGAGCCCGUCCCCGGUGAGAACGACAAGAUGAAGGAUGAGGCACCCAAGCUGGAACUGCAGACGGAGAGACAGCAAAUCGUCGACAAAUACGAGGCUACCGUCUUGGAGUGGAUACACGCUGGUGACAGCGCGUCGCUGGAAGAUACGCGGAAAGAAAGGGAUGCCGUGGCCGAACAGCUCAGAGUCAACUACUGGAAGUUGGACCCCUAUGUUCGCGCAAGGUCGCUGUACGACCGCAUGGGUGUCAUCCAAGAAGGAGGUAAACUCGACUUUUACCCAAAGGCCCCUGAGCCCGCUGCUGCUGUUGCUGCACCUGCUACAGAGACGAGCGCCGAUGACCUCGAUUAGAAAAUCUGUGCAUUGUAAUAUGUA